UGUGUGUGUGUGUGUGUGUGUAUCUGUUAUUAUCAGUGUGUAUGUGGCAAGCAAACAAGUUAAAAAGGUUAAGGUGGUAUGUCCCACCUCCACUGUCAUCACACCUGUAACAGACCCUGAAUGGUGAAAUAUGAUACUGAGCAGCUUUCCCGCCUUCUGCAGAACCUGAAACUACUGGCUGCUCUGAAACUCAUAAAGAAACUAAGCUGCAGCUGAAAACCAGCAGGAAUGUCAACAAUUUUGGAGGAAGAGUGGAAAACAGCUCUGUUCCAGAUCGUCAAACAGCUUGAUGAGCCACAGUACAAGACCAUGAUGCUUUUUCUAUCAGAAAUCCCCAAAAGUGUAAAGACCACUGAGUCCAGAGAACAGAUGCCCCAAGUAAUCAUCGAGCACUUCGGAGAGGAAACAUCUGUCCAUAAAAUCAAUGAAAUAAUGGAUCGAAUACCUCGGAGGGACGCUGCAGUGCAGGACCGACUGCGCCCCUUUGUGGAAAGACUGAAGAAGAAACAGGAGGAUGAGAGAAGAGGGAAGAAGAGGAAACAGAGUGAAACUGUUCUGAGGUCAGCAGACAGAAAGGAUGGAGCUGGUGAGCAGAAAAGCUGCCAGCCUGACAAAGUAGGAGAGAAGUCAUCAUCAUCAGCACUGAACCACUCCCUCAGUCAGACUGAUCCUGGGACAGCAGAAAAGUCCAAGAAGAAGAAGAAGAUGGAAAACAAAGAUGCAUCCAAGACUCACAAGGUGCCAACGAUUUCAGAGACAAACUGGAAAAGAGCUCUGACUGCCAUCCUCGGGCAGCUGAACAACCCUCAGUACAAUGAGAUGCUGACAUUUCUGAAAAUCCUCCAAAAGAAGAAAACCACUAAGUUCAAAGAACACUUGCCCCAAAAGAUUAUUGAGCGUUUCGGAGUGGAAACUUCCAUCCGGAAAGUCAAAGAAGCACUAGAUCAGAUACCUCGGAGGGACGAUGCAGUCCAGAAACACUUGCGACCCUUUGUGGACAAACUGAAGAGCAAACAGGAAAAGAAGAAGAAGGGUAAACGGAUAAACUCCCAGCGUAAGACUGAUCCUGUCGGCAUAAUGAAGUCCAAAAAGAAGAAGACGGAGAACAAAGAUUCAUCCCUGAGAUCAGCUGAAACCACAGAAACUCCAAAGACUGAUCCUGUCGGCACAAUGAAGCCCAAAAAGAAGAAGACGCAGAACAACGAUUUAUCUAUGAAGUCAGCUGAAACCACAAACACUCCCAAGUCUGAUUGUUCAGAACCAUCAAAGGCUAAACUGGAGGAACCAGUGAACAGUGAUUCAUCCCUGAAUUUGAAUGGAGCCACCAAAACUCCCAAGGUAGCUGUGCAGGUUCAGAGUGCACCUGUCCACACUGGGAGAGUUAAAAUCAAAGCAGUCACAGCCUUCAAUAAAAGCAACACUCACCUGGUGGUAAACGUAAAAACGCAGCUGAAGGAGUGUUUUGUGAGGACUCGUCUCCUGGCAGAGGCACUUGGCUACAAAAUGGAUGAAGGCGUUGAAGCCAGAAUCCGCGAGGCAAUGCCGAUCUCAGCAGAGGCUGAAAUGCAAGGAAAGAAAAUUACGGCCAUUAAAAAGGUGUAAAAGUGUAUUUUUAUGAUUAUUUAAUUUUACCCGUCUCACUCUGUUUUUCUAAGCUCAUGGUGUAAAUGACCAUUAAAUAGUCACACAUACAAUGGACACACAUAUUUCAGUAGUAUUUUCAAGUUUUUUGAAUGUUUUGUGGUUUUGUUUUGAAGUUCAGCCUUUUAUUUUGAAAGACAAAAUUAUAGUGCAAAACAGGAAAAAGGCUAAGUAGUAAGAAGUAAUGUGAGAUAAAUCUCGCAGUGUUUUCUGGUCUGUUAGGUUUUUGGCAUUAUUUCCUCUGUUCAGAUUGUCGGGUCUGUGGUUGUUGUUGAGUUAGUAGUUUCAGGCACUUUGUGUAGCACUUCUGGAAGUUGCAGAUUUUCCCAGUGUUCCAAUGACUGAUGGAUCAGAGGUGCUUUCAGACUCAAGGAACUUUUUCAGAAUUUUUAAAAACUUUUUAAGUGACUGCAUCUUUUUUUAGCUUCUGCCUCCAAGAAGCUAGGUGCUUGGAGUUCUUCAGUGGUUGAACAAAGAGGAGCAUCAAGAACAGGCCCAAACAUGGUAAUAUGCUAUGUUGUUCAUGUGGAGGUAACACGUUUGGACAGUUACCCUCAGGUAAAGUUCUCCUAUAUUAUAUACAGUACUGUGCAAAAGUUUAAGGUGAGAACAAAUGCUGUAAAGAAAGAAUGCUUUCAGAAAUGGAAGUGUUAGUCAUUUAUUUUCAUCAAUCAACAAAAUGCAGUGAAUGAGCAAAAGAGGAAUCUAAAUCAAAUCAUUAUUUGUGGUGACCACCCUUUGCCUUCUUCUAAGUACACUUGCACACAGUUUUUGAAGGACUCGGCUAGUAGGUUGUUCAAAUAUCUUGGAGAACUAAGCACAGAUCUUCUGUGGAUGUCGGCUUCCUCACAUCCUUCUGUCUCUUCAUGUAAUCCCAGACACACUCGAUGAUGUUGAGAUCAGGAGUCUGUGGGGGGGAACCAUCACUUCCAGGACUUCUUGUUCUUCUUUAUGCUGCAGAUAGUUCUUCGUGACUUUGGCUGUGUGUGGGUCAAUGUCCUGCUGCAGAAUACAUUUGGGGCCAAAAAACAAUCAUUUAUAUUCCUGAAAGCUUUCUUUGUUUACAGAAUUUUUUCACACCUGCCUAAAACUUUUGCACAGUACUGUAAAUAAUAAUAAUGCUAUUACUACUACGAAUACAUUUGUUGCUGUAAGUAUUUUUAAACUCUGUGUAACAUUUGAGACAUUUUAGAUGAUAGGGAAACAAAUAAUGUUUUUAUCUUAUCUUACAUACAUAGUUAUGUGUUGUGGAUGAUGAAGUAUCCACUAACAUUACACAUGAAAGAGCUUUUCUACUUUUUGUUUGUAAUUACCAAAAAUUAUUGAGACAAAAAGGAGAAAAUGGAAUCUCUCUUCACUUUUUUGCUUCUGUACAUACAUUUUUAAAAUUUUACAUACCAAAUACAGUCGUCAUUGUUCCCUUCUGCCUGACUGAUAAUGACUUCCUGUUAAAUGGUGAAUGAUAAACGGUGUUACCUUUAAUGUUAGAUGAUUUUCUUCCAGACUUAAUCCUUUCUUUUGCUAACUGUAGUGUUCCUUUAAAAGCAGUUCAGUAGACAGUUUGAAUGUCAGUAAUAAACUAACGAAGCCUUUUUAUUUGCUGGUUGUACUUUUUGACCAGGUUUUGAUUUUGCUUCCAAACAUGGGUUACAGGUCUGUUUGGUGUUCUUGAGGUUUUGUGUCUGAACCAUUUCUUUAUCAUCACACCACAUUAAAGCUGUGUUUCCUGUU